AUGAACACUUGUCGCUGCAAGCGGAGAUGGAGCCCGCUCAAUUGGAAACUCUCCUUUGCUUUUGUCGCGAUCUUUGACGUCGACGGCGGCGGCCUCAUCAGCGUCGGGGUGCUGGAGCGAUCCCUGAUGAAGUUCGACGGCAGCGUGUUCACAGAGGACACCCUCGGCGAGCUGCUCGGUGCCGUCCCGCACGGCCCCGGGCCUUACGGCGAGGAGGCCGUCAGCAUCAAGGCCUUCGCCGUCCUCGUCGGCUCCCCGGAGCCGCCCCGGCGCCAGCGGCCCCGCUCGGCCGAGGCGCGGGGCGUGCCCCUGCACGCCCGCGUGGGCGGUGCGCUGGCGUUCGACCUGCGCGGCUUCCGGGAAGCGCUGGUGCGCGCUGGGGGGUCGGCGCCGCCUGUCGGCGACCACGAAAUGGGGGCGGCGAGCGAGGGAGCGAGGUUGGAGUUCAAGGUUCGAUGUUUUUUGGCGUUUUCUUUGGUUCUCGGCGGUAUUCGGCCUCG